AUGGAGAUGUGGCUCUGCAUGAAGCAUGCCUUGAAUGCUGCUGACCGGUAUCAGGAGAGAUUUGAAGAUAGCAGAGCCAUUCAGGAUGCCGAUCGUCUUGUUGAAGAGAAUGCGGAAAAGAUUGCAGAGUUGUCAUUGAAGUUGGCCAUAGCCCAGAGAGCGAUGGUUGAGGCUUAG